UAUAAAGACACCGAAUGAUAAUAGUGCAUUCACUUGCAUUUUCCCGUUUCUAAGCCUUAUUAUAAUAUUGUUUAUAUGUCAAGUCAGUUAGCUAUUAUUAUCUAUGUAAAGGGUUUUCGAAUUGUUAAUAAUCUAAUGACCUUUACCUCUUAUACCAAAAAUUGCAUUUAUACCGUUUUUAAAAUUGACCAUGUCAUCGCGAUCCGUACCGCAUGUACUCGAAUUUGAAAACAGAAUACAGACAAACAAAUGAUAUAGCUUAUAGGGUAUCCAUACAUGACAAAAUAUCAGUUAAUGCACAAGAAAAAAAUCAACACACUAAAAAGGAACAGAGUUUAUUGCUGUUUUUCAUCUAGAUUCAUACAGAUGUCCAUUGUAAGUCAUAAAUAAUGAACAUCAUUCCGGUUUUCGUUCAAAAAUUAAAAAAAAAAAUGAAAUUUCACCUCAAAUGUCUAUAUCAGAUACAUAUAUGAAACCUUGCAUUCAUUUUGUUUUGAAAAUUCGUUCAAAAUUUUUUAAUCUAGGGGUCAACUAGAACAAGACAAGACUUUUCAAAAAUACAGAUAGAAAAGCUCGAAGAUGCAUGGCAGAAAGGCCUUACUUCAACAAGUAAAGACCAUGCUGCAGAAAUUGAUGUUUUGAGUAAUGAAACAUCAAUUAGCAGGGAGAGAAUUGAGGUCUGGAUUGGUAACAGAAGAGCAAAACAGAAGCGUGGUGGCCAGGGAGUUCGUCCUACCAAAAAAAGAAAAACAGUAAAAGCCCCAACUGCCUACUCCCUCUUUUCACAACAGUUCAAACGAGGUGAUACACCCAAAGAGGAACACCUGAGGUCAUUAGGGGAGAAGUGGGGAAGAACAUCAGAGGAAGAAAAGAUGGAAUUCCGCAUUAAGGCAAAAGAAAUAAGGGAUGACCCAUUGAAGGGGAGGACAGCAGAGGAGAUUGCCGAAGUGCAUUUAAACACCAUAACAAAUUCGUGUGCUGUAUUGCAAUCUCUAGGGUACGAGAUUGCCGCUAUAGCUGCAAAGGAGAACGAGCCAUCACAUCUGUUUGGGACACCAAGAGGCCUGGAAUUUGUGAAAGGCAUGCAAUUCCAAAAGGGAUUCCGAGAAUCUGUAUUCAGACACAUUGUGUAUGUUGGAGAUGAUAGGACUCACAAAGACACAAAAAGAGAGCUAACUGAAAACGUUAGAAAAAUAUUCAAUUCCUGUUGGGCAUCUGCCAGUUUGAAGAAUCAGGCAGUACCCUAUGGGAAUAUAAUUAAAAACAACUUAUAUAGAAUGGAGGGUCUGCCUGAUGGUGUGAUUUUUAAAGACCCCAAUUCUUAUGGUUUGUCUACUCUUAGGCAAAUCAUAAGCCAGAAAGACUCCAUCAAAUUUGUGAACGUGAUACCAGCUACUACACUUGCCUCAUCUGCAACACCAUCCAAUGAGCUGAGAGAAGAACCUAUGGAGGCAGUAGCGGAUGCUGUAGAUAUUACUAUAGGUGUUUCAGGCACAUUAGCCCAUGCUGUUUCCAGUGAUGCUGUAGGGGAGCAUGGUGUUGAAGUACUUACAGGUUUGAAUACAGUUUUUUAA